AAAUAAUAAGGGAAACAACAUGGGGGAAAUGAUCAAAUAUAAUGCUGUGACCUCAUUCCCUCCCCUGUGAGAUGUGCACUCUCCAUUCUUAAGAAGUAGUCUUAAACUAUGAUGGAUUGGUGUAUAAAAGUUGACUAUGAUCUUACCCAGAAACAUUUUGUCACUACUCCUAAGUUGGGCUUUGCAUGGUCAAUCAGGCUAAAUGCCUGUCUUCCGUCUAUGAGCCAUACAGCAUUUACUGUGAUAAGGUCUCUGCAAAAGUCAAGGCAUUUAUACUUCUUGCCUUUGCAUAGCAGAGCUGUUGUCAAGGAUGUGAGUUUGUGUUUUAUACUGGACCUCCCGCCUCCACCUACCUUCAACCAAUCAUGUCAAUGCAGAGCUAUAUGGAGCCCUCCGCAUUGUUACAGUAUUUGGGCAGCGCACAACGAUGCAGUACGGAGUUCAAUUUUGCCUCUGCCAGCUUCUGGAGGCUCCGCAAUUGCCUCACAUCCUCCAUACGGCGCCUUCGACCACACUUUCCAACCAAGCAUAAAUGGACUUUUAGGUGAAAUAUUUCCCAUAUAGAGUUUAGGUAGGAGUAGGUCCUGACCUUUUGGUUUCGCUGAGUCGUCACCAGAUGGUGCUCUAGGUUCGCGUGUAAUGGACACUUCCAAGUCAACUCUAUGUCAUGGAGUCAAUCAUGAAUAGGCUUUUAAUCUAUUUUGGCAAACUACAUUUAUUUUUUACUAAAUCAACCAAAACCAAUCAACCCGCGUUAUGUAUUCAUGUGAAUUGAUUAAUUACCAUGUUUUGCAGCAAAAAAAACUCAGUGUUCGCAGUCUCUCUAGGCCAGAGUAGACCACCCUGUGUUUAAAAAAAUAAAAAUUGGGGAAACGUCUAGCUAGGCAUGUAAUAAAUUACAGAGACAUCUAAAAUGUACAACUCUUAACAGGGCUCUUUGCAUUGGUUGGAGCGCUUGUCAAUCAUAUUGCCCAUUGUCUCGUUGGUGCAACGGAUAGUAGAACUCGAGCUGGUUGUAAGCGCGAGAAAGCAGUUGUGGCAGCAGAACCAGUGAUGGGUGCACUGAUCUCAAGUGCUGUUUAGUUGGAAUUGUUCAAACUUUUACGUGGGGAGUUAAAAUAACAUGAAGUGUGAACUUGGAACUAUGUUAAGGUCAACGAUGUUGGAAUUACUUUUGUUUUCAUUGACAGCUGGGUUAUAUCGUGCUGCACCGCGCGCCUCCAACAACAAUGAACUGUCUGUAUCAAAGCAACCUGCCAUGUCCGAAAUCACACUCGGGCAGCUCGGCACUACCAUGCCAAAUUAUUUACCCGAGGACAAUGUGAGGUUGUCCACAAUUUCAGCGCUCUCCCCAGUUUCUACCGCUACCACAUCGGAAAACUGGAUUACAGGUAAAACCACUAAAUCUUCCCAAAUAAACAAGUUGACCCGAACAGCAAAGAACACCAUAAGUGAGUCCAUAUUGGAGUCCUCAGUAAGAAACAAUGAUGGUACAGCUGACAUGACGCCGAUCAUUUACACAGGAAUAUUUCGAACUACAACACCAACUGCUUCGACAAUUUCUCCAUCGAGGACUCCCGAAACAAAGACACAUUCUUCGUCCACCUCUCAGCCUUUACCUGUCCCCACCACUGACACGCAACAAACUGAGUUCCUGUGUAACUGUAGCAGCGAGGGAUCUCUGGAUCUAGACCGCUGCGACCGCAGCACAGGGCAGUGUGUCUGCCUGUUGGGCUACAUGGGACUGCGGUGUGCUGACUGCCAGGAGGCCCACUUCAACAACGGCACCACCGGCUGCAUCCCCUGUAGCUGCGACUCCUACGGUGCUCUUGGACCCCUCUGCGACAGCUCUGGGAUGUGCGUGUGUAAGACAGGCGUAUACGGUGACAAGUGUGACGAUUGCCACCCAGGUUUCUUCCGGUUCAGCAGCACGGGUUGCCAGCCAUGCCAGUGCAAUAAUCACUCCAGCUACUGCCACCCACAAUCAGGCAUCUGCUUGAACUGCCAAGGGAACACCAAAGGACCCGGCUGUGAGGAAUGCAAGUAUAAUUUCUACCGGAGGCCCAGCGCUGCCCUUACUGAAGUCUGCGUCCCCUGCCCCUGCUCCAGCGUCACCUCUUCUGGCAGCUGCCACCUUGACCCCAGAGGACAAUCUGUGUGUGACCAGUGUAAGCCAGAGUACCAGGGGCCCCACUGUGACCAGUGCAGGGGUGGCUUCUACAAUGCGGACAGCAUCUGCCUUCCUUGCAACUGCAGCAGGAAUGCCGACCCCGGGACCUCGCCCCGCAUCUGCAACCCUGAGACGGGUCACUGCCUGAGCUGCGUCAACAACACGUCGGGGAAACACUGCGAGCGUUGCGCUGAAGGAUACGUGGGUAGUGCCAUCAUCCACAGCUGCAAAGCUAUAGUCACUCCCACCCCUGAGCAGAACACGACAACAACCACCACCACCCUGACCCUGCGCUCCACCAUCUCUACCCUCUCUAGUGGCCACACUAUGACUUCCAACGCCACCACCACAGCCUCCAGCACCACACCAGGUCUCCUCGCCAACACCACGGCCGCGAUCUCCGAGGUCUCCUGGACCCAGUUCAAUGUCAUCGUCCUCGCGGUGAUCAUCGUGGCAGUGGUGGUGCUGAUGGGCGUGGCGGGCGGUGUCUAUACCUACCGCGAGUACCGCAACCGCAAACUGAACGCUCCGUUCUGGACCAUCGAACUUAAAGAGGAUAACAUCAGCAUCAGCAGCUACCACGACAGCCUGCCUAACAUGGGGGACGUGUCGGGCCUGCUGGAGGAAGAGGCCAGCAUGGAGGUGGCGCCCAACGGCCAGCUGGCGCUUAGCAGCCCCAUCAACAUGUACAAGGCGUGAUGAUGGGCCAUGGGCGGGGAUGCUUCUUCUUCUUUGGUGUUUUAACGGCGGUGUGCAAGCUAAUGUUUAUUGGUGUUACCGCAGCCUUCUGGACUAGUGUGGUAAAGACUCAUCCUCUGGGAAACUGUAUUCUGUCCCAUCUCUACCACACCCACCAACCCCACCCGUGGUGGUCACACCCACCAUGGAACUCUGACUGGGGGAGGGAUGUCUCUGACUGGGGGAGGAAGGUCUCUGACUGGGAGAGGCAAAGAUGGGGGGAGGUUUAUCAUCCUGUCCUCAGGAUUUUAAUAAUAAAUGAUCUGCUUGUUGCAGUUACUAAAAUGAGGAGGAGCUGGAAGGAUGGACUAACUACAGAAUCAGAAAUCAAGUGACUUCUGAGUCACCCAGACUGGGAGAAAACAACCUGAGUUUGAAUGGUUCAGAAGGGCCUGGGAAUUUGAAUGGUUCAGAAGGGCCUGGGAGUUUGAAUGGUUCAGAAGGGCCUGGGAGUUUGAAUGGUUCAGAAGGGCCUGGGAGUUUGAAUGGUUCAGAAGGGCCUGGGAGUUUGAAUGGUUCAGAAGGGCCUGGGAGUUUGAAUGGUUCAGAAGGGCCUGGGAGUUUGAAUGGUUCAGAAGGGCCUGGGAGUUUGAAUGGUUCAGAAGGGCCUGGGAGUUUGAAUGGUUCAGAAGGGCCUGGGAGUUUGAAUGGUUCAGAAGGGCCUGGGAGUUUGAAUGGUUCAGAAGGGCCUGGGAGUUUGAAUGGUUCAGAAGGGCCUGGGAGUCUUUGUGCCCUUCAUGAUUCAACCUUUGAGCCACAGGGAACCACAUUGACCUAGGAAGAGAGUGAAGGUGAGCAUGUAGAGGUCCGUGAAGGCUGAGUGUCCAGCCAGGCCUAUGAAACCAAUUAACUGAAGCCCACUCUGAAACGCUGCAUCACACAAUCAAAAACAUACUGAAUAUUGACAGUAUGUGCACCUCUUCAAAUACACAUCCUCAAACACUAUGUUUGCACAUAGAGUACUGCACACACAUGCACAAGCACUAAAUAAAACACACACACAUGCAGACCUUGUACCAUAAUAAAACACAUACACACAAAAUAAAGAGAGCGUGUAUUGUCCUGGUUGGUUUCAAUGGAGGAUAACUUGCUUCAAAAUGGUUUAUUUACAUUGUAUAAUGAGAGAGAAAAUGGACAAAGUUUUGCCUACAAUUAUGAUUCAUACAACACUGCUAUGGGGCCAUUUUGGUAUGUUUUGACACUAAAAUGAAACGAUUGCAGGGUUCUGGUACACUGUUAAGUCUAGGGCAUCUAUUUCACUUGGAGAAAACAAGAGGCUCCAAAUUUUAAACAAGUGUUUUUGUUUAUGUUAUUUGAUAAUUUAUUGCUUUCUGUUUUCCUCAAUAAGCUUUCUGCUAAUGUGUUGCACAGACAGAUUUUAGCCAUGCAGAUGCCAGAAGGCCCAUUACAUAAAAUGUAUUGGUUUACAGCUGAAACUAAAGUUAAGGCAGGAUAAGUCAUUUUCAUGGUUUCUUAUUUUAUUCAUAAUAAUAAUAAUAAUAAUGAACUGGAUUUGUGUAGCAAGUGCUCAAAUGGUUUUACUAUUAUCCACUACUUCCACCUGGAUGAGUUCAGUAGGCAUGAAACAGAAGAAAAAGACUGAAACGUGGAGACACUACCUAGACUUGUUUUCGUUUUCUGUUUCAAAACAUUUUACCACCCGUGUUACCUACUGAACAUGACCCAGCUGUCACAGUGGACAGAUGAGGAAGUGCAUCAUACAAAUUAAGAAUCAGGGGGGAUUAUGUGGGCAUGAUUGUCUGAGGGCCUGACUGGGAAUUUAGCCAGGACAGCGGGGUUUAACAACACCCGUACUCUUGCUACUUUUUUGGAGCAUAGCUAGUAAUACUUAUGGAAAAGGAUGAAACCAUUUAGCGGUGAAUUCAAAAGCAUGCGGAAAUAGGGAGGGCAGAGCUCUUUCCCAAUUAUUUUGAAUGCAACGCAAACUGGUUUGAAUUAUGAGAUUUGGGAGAACUAUUGUCACCAUACCAGGUUUCUUUGAAAUUGUAAUUACCUAACAAUUCCCACGUGCACCGAGUGUACAAAACAUUAGGAACACCUUCCUAAUAUUGAGUUGAACUCUCUUUAGCUCUCAGAACAACCUCAUGUAUUCAGUGCAUAGACUCUACAAGGUGUCCAAAGCGUUCCACAGGGAUGCUGGCCCAUGUUGACUCCAAUGCUUUCCACAGUUAUGUCAAGUUGGCUGGUAGUGGAUCUCUGCUCUGAAUAGCUCGUUCAAUCUCAUCCCACAGAUGCUCAAUUGGAUUUAGAUCUGGUGACUGGGCAGGCCACUGUUGUUUGUGGAACCAUUCCAGGACAGUCCUAGCCUUGUGGCAUGGGUCAUUUUCCUGCUGAAAAAAAAUCCAUUCGCAGAUGGAUACACUGCUGCCAUGAAGGGAUGCACUCAGUGUAUAUCAAAUGUCUAGUUUCAGUUAUCAAUAAUGGUUCUUACCUUCCUUCAAGCUGCUCAACGGAUCUGAAGCUCUGACCCCCCCCCCCCCAUUUCCCUGCAAUACAUUUCUCCCCAUCUUUCCACCUAGAGAUCAUGUGCUUUUAGUGCCUCAGGUACUGUCCUGCUCAUUGUAAAUAUGAACAUGAUGUACAGAUUUGUUGUAAAUAAGAAGCUACUAUUGUAGAUAGGAGGGUGAAUUCUUUUCAGGACUGGGAAAUUCUGGGCCUCUUCUCUGGGUUGUUUUCACAUCCAGGCAUAUUAGGGGUAUUCUCAACUCUGAUCUCUUCCCAUUGAAACAACAUACCAACCUUAAUUCUUCCAUAGAAGCAUAGGUGCUGAGAUUUACCAGAUGCCUUUUCUGUCCGAUACACCUUGUACAUACCACAGCUAAUGUAACCUACCAAAAUUAAACUCUGUUUUUGUUUAA